UGGGAGUCCACUGCAACAUUAGGGGCGAAACGCAGAGAAGGCACAUGUGCAUCUGUGCUUCCAGAAUAAAGCAUAGUGACUUUUUUUUCCUUUUGGGCAAGCGCAUGUAGCUGUGCAUGAGUGUGUGUAUGAGUGUGUGCAUGAGGGUGUGUAUGUUCUUAUGAGAGAAGAAGGAAGCGUGUGUGUCUGUUGCUGAAGGAGACGCUGCUGGAAGUGAUAGCUCUUUUGCUUUUGUACUUGUGCGGACAGGAGAGUUGGAGGCAGUUGUUUUGUGGAACUCUCAGAGAAUGGCAAACUCCUCCGUAUCCUUGGAAACAUCCCAUUAAAUGACAAUGGCCGAGGCGAUCUGCUGCACCUUGGUAAACUGUAACUGUGACAGCUUCAAGCCUGGGAAGCUGAAGAGGAGGCAGUGUGAAAACUGCAAACAUGGCUGGGUAGCACAUGCCUUGAGCAAGCUGAAGGUCCACCAUAUGUUCCAGAGUAGCCAGGUGGAGAUCGUGCAUUCCAACGUAGUGUUUGAUAUCUGCAGCUUGAUGCUGUACGGCACCCAAGCCAUCCCGAUCCGGCUCAAAAUCCUCCUGGACCGCCUUUUCUCUGUCCUCAAACAGGAGGAGGUCAUCCAGAUCCUCAACGCAUUGGACUGGACACUUCAGGACUACAUCAGGGGAUACGUGCUCCAGGAUGUUGCUGGUAAAGUGUUGGACCGGUGGGCCAUCAUGACCUUUGAGGAGGAGAUUGCUACUCUGCAGCAGUUUCUGCGUUUUGGUGAAACCAAGUCUAUAGUGGAGCUUAUGUCUUUACAGGACAAGGAGGGGCAGGCGGUGUUGGUUCCCAGCACACGCACAAACUCAGACAUCCGCACCUUCAUUGAGCGGAACACUCCUCGCUCUACUGCCAGUCUCUCCGCAACUAAGGUUGAAAAGAUUAGUGGCAACAGCAUGCACCACUUUGAGAACUUCAUCAAUAGCAUGGCCUUCAUGCUUCCAUUCCAGCUGUUAGGCUCUGUGCCUGCACCAUUCUUAGGUUCACCACCAGGGUCAAUGCAACAUCAGCACCAGCAGCACCAGCAGCAUCAACAGCACCAGCAGCAUCCAUGUGGUGCUUCAGAUGAGCAGCAGCUUCAGAGUAAAGAUGAAGUGAGAGACAAUAUUGGCAGGGACAACCCCCUCCAUCUCCCUCAUCCUUCAGAGAGCAGCCUGCUAGGUUCAAGCUCCAUCUCAUAUGCUUCUGAUUUGGACCGAACCGGUGAAAGAACAAUGGACACACCCUCCACAACAGCAAAGAUUGAAGCAGAAGACUUCUCCACCAGUGACAACUACUCAGAUGGCUCAUCAACCCCAUGCACACCGUCUAUGACCUCUGAUGUUCCUCAGAUGUCUCCUGAGGGGAAGCUGCGCUCUCUGGACAGGAGUGGAAGCGGCACUGGAGGGGCAUCGGGGACUGCAGGCUCUCUGAAAAAAGGCCGUGUGUUUUGCAACGCUUGUGAGAAAACAUUUUAUGACAAAGGCACACUGAAAAUUCAUUAUAAUGCAGUUCAUCUGAAGAUUAAACACAAGUGUACCAUUGAGGGCUGCAACAUGGUCUUCAGCUCGCUGCGUAGUCGCAAUCGGCACAGCGCUAACCCAAACCCCCGGCUACACAUGCCCAUGAACCGGAACAACAGAGACAAAGAUUUACGAGGAAGCUUGUCUGCUGAUGAAAGUUCACAAGGAGAAAAGAGAGCUGAAUAUAGCAACAUUUCCAUCUCUUCCUCAGAAAGCCAUAAGUCUGCUCCCAGCUUCAUGGUGAGCCAUGUGGACACUGCUCCUAAGCUCCAUAGUAAUUCUUUCUCCAGCAUGGGCCAAACUGGCAUCCUCUUCCCUAACUUAAAAACAGUACAGCCAGUCUUGCCUUUCUACCGAAGCCUGGUAACCCCAGCAGAACUUGCUAACACCCCAGGGACACUACCUUCUCUUCCAAUUUUAUCAUCUUCUGUAACUGUCAAACCCAUCAUAACACCAGAACCUUGUAUGACAGAUCCUAUACCAAAGAAAAAAUCACGGAAGUCAAGUAUGCCAAUAAAAAUAGAGAAGGAGGUAAUAGAGCAGGAUGAGGAGAUGGAUAAGGGAAGCCUAUCGGAGGAGGAGGUUCCUCUGCAAUGUAGGGAAAAGGAUGACUUUGAGGGUAACCAUGAAGGAGUGCAUGUGUGCAAUGAAAAAUCUGAAGAGGCAAGACAAGAUUACAUGGAUAAAGAAAAGGAAAGGGAUGGUAGCAAGCAUCUGAUAGACCAAACCUUUGCUGGAAACUCAAUUGAAAGGAAUGAUGAAUAUGACAGACCAGAACAAAAAGAAACACGGGUCAUCACUGUUUCACCAUCCUCAUUGAAAAAGAGUCCCAAUGCUAGCUACAAAAUCUCAGCUGGUAAGCAAUCCACUUGCACUGAAGAUAGAACUGACAUUGAACAUUCAGAUUCAUUGCUUGAAGUUGACAAGAUCCCACAGCAUAAAUGGGAUGAAUCUGGGCACAGGUUGACCAAUGGGGGUGGUCUCCUGUUGGAUGAAAAGGAAGGGCUUGAUAGAUGUGAAGAAGAUUAUGGGAUCUCAGGGCUGUCUCACCUUGAACCUGAUGCUAACCUUCCACACCACUGUGAGAUCUGCAGUAAGACCUUUAAAAACCCAUACAGUGUCAAGAUCCACUACCAAAACAUCCACUUGAAGGAGAUGCACAUGUGCACAGUGGAUGGCUGCAAUGCUGCUUUCCCGUCCCGAAGAAGCCGAGACAGACACAGUGCAAAUCUAAACCUACAUCAUAAGCUGCUGACCAAAGACUCCCUCAGCACAGCCGCGUCCUCCUACUCCUCAUCAUAUUACAAAGACAGAGACUCUGAAGGCCUGGAGGCUGAACAAAACCAGCAGGACAAAGACGCGCUACACAGAGACCCAACAUGUCAGACCUCAGUCAUCUUCCGAGGACACAACCGCAUGGGACUAGUGUUUCCUAUGAGCAAGGCACCUGCUGCACUUAGCAGUGCUGAGACUUCCCCCCUGCAAGAGUUGGAGGGAUUAGGAGAAGCAGAUGGAAGUGGAAAUGGGAAUGAUGGGACGAUCCUUGACCUGAGCACCUCGACCUCAGUCCUACCUUGUGGCAGUGGCAGCGCUCAGUCUUCCUGGGACUCAGAUGAAGCUCAGAGUGAUGAAGAGGAAGGAGAAGAGGAUGAGGAGGUCCUCCCCAUAGAGGACAGCGAUGAGAGCUGUGAUGGGCUGGGUGUGAGGAGGUCAGACGAUGAAGAGGGGGCAGCGGGGAGACACAGAAACACAGGCUGUAGCAGGAGUGGGCAAAACAGACAUCAAGGGGCGGGGUCUCCCAUCACAUGCCACGUCUGCCAAAAGGUGUACAGCAACAAAGGAACAUUCCGGGCUCAUUACAAGACGGUCCAUCUGCGACUUCUUCACAAGUGUAAGGUCCCAGGAUGUGACACAUCCUUCUCCUCUGUACGGAGUAGAAACAGACAUAGUCAGAACCCAAACCUGCACAAGAACCUUUGUGUUACCUCAGGGGCCACCGCCAAACACGAAUAAAGAUCUGGGUUCAAAUGGCAGCAAGCAGGUGAUGGGGGGUGGGGCAGAGAGAAGACUUACUAAUUAGCACUUUUUAAAUAUGAACACAAUCCACCAAAAUACUGUAUGUUUGGCAAAAAAAAGUGAAAUCAAGCAAAAAGAAUAUACAGUUAGAAAUUCAUGUGUUGUGUAAAAUGAAACGACAUUCCUGUCAGUGUUUACUCAUUAAAGUACAAUCAGUGUGUGUGCAAAAAAUCGUCUACAUUAAUGUAAGUCGUCCUGUUGUAAAGUGGAACUGAUAUCGUUCUGUUUUCUUUAACCCUGAUUUCCAGUUCAGACCACAGAAACAUUUUCCCUUUUGUUCUCCCUGUGAUGACGGAAUCAGGAAGCUGAAUAUUAUGGAUUUAUUGAAUACUGUCAUCAGACAGAUCCUACAUAUGGCACUUAAUUUAUCAGAAAAAUACUUCAGUAAGCAGCAUUAUUUAAGUGUUAGUGUUUAGAGUGUGACCAUAUUUACUAUUCUAUGAUUGAUCUUUCCAGUUGUUCUGUGUUUUAUGCUGCCAAUAUUGACCAAAGAUUUUCCUCCCUUCCUAUAUGUGUGCAACAUCCCAUUUCUGUUUUCUGAGGGAUAUGCAGUGUUAAAGGAGCUCAGCAGGGUCACCCCUGAGCACAAAGGGCCUGAUGAAAUGCAAAAGUUUAUUUACUUUAUGAUUAACAGUGGUAAAGUGACUGUGGAACAAUGAAAUUGAGAAAAAAAACUACAAAAAGUGGCCGAAGACUGAAAGACUUUCUCAGUUUCUGUGGCUUCCUUGUAAAGAAAUGUGAUCUUGGGGCUGUUGUUAGCAGAGCUGUUGCUGUCAUAUUGUUUGUGUUUCAGAGGAAACUGACAGAGCGUAAAACCACAGCCAGGCGCUGGUCUGGAGCCUGGAAGCAUGUACUGUGAAUGAGUCAAACACUGAUAAUAAGUACAAGGAAAAUAGCAGUCAUUAUUGACUCCACUUACACUAUAAAUAACAGAACUGGAUAUUUUGUGAACAGAGUAAACUCUCUCAAGGAAGUUAAACAUUUACUGUAUUAAAUAGGAACAUUUCAUGACUGUUCCUUUUGGAAUAAAAAACAAGAACGUGUAUUGUUCUGGUAGUUCAGCAGUUUUGCUCUUUAUCACAAAUGUUUGUAUUUUGUAUUGAAAUUCAACAGGUUAGAUUGAGAAACCAUUCUUUUCUUUACAUUAAUUUGUUUAAAAAAUGAGAGUGCAAAAACUGUUCAUUGUUAAUAGAUAUUUCUUUUGGUUUAUUGUCAUAAUAUUUGUUUGCAGUUAAAUAAAGAGCCAUAUGUUUGGAG